AUGCCUGCAAAAUUGACCAUUGCUGGUUUUCAGGGCCGCAAGAUCACACUUUCAACUGGACUUUUCAUCAACAAUAAGUUUGUCCCCUCAUCUACCGGCCAAGUUCUUUCCGUGGAGAACCCCGCAACCGGAGAACAACUCGGCACGAUUUCUGCCGCGGGACCAGAUGAUAUCAACAGUGCUGUUGAAUCUGCCAAGGCUGGCUUCAAAACAUGGAGAACAGUUUCUGGUCCUACUAGGGCCCGGCUUCUACUGAAGCUUGCAGACUUGCUUGAGCGCGAUGCUGAAGACUUAGCCUCUCUUGAGGCCGUUGAUGCUGGAGUUCUUUAUACCGACUCCAUUGGUAUGAACAUUCCUCAGGCUGUCGGCUGUCUACGAUAUUACGCCGGCUGGGCAGGAAAAAUUGACGGCAAGACAUUGGAAAUGGAUGGUGGUAUUGCCUACACCUAUCGAGAACCCUUGGGUAUAUGCGGUGCAAUUGUACCAUGGAAUGCUCCACUCAUGAUCACUAUAUGGAAGCUAGCCCCGGCAUUGGUGACAGGCAAUGUUCUGGUCAUCAAGUCCUCUGAGUUGUCACCACUUUAUGCCUUGAGGCUUGCAGAGUUGAUCAAAGAGGCUGGUUUCCCUCCUGGGGUUGUGUCUGUCGUCACUGGCGAGGGUGCCACCGCAGGCCAAGCCCUUUCUGAACAUAUGGAUGUGCGAAAGAUAGCUUUCACAGGCAGUGCUGUCGCAGGGCGGAAGAUCCUACAAGCAGCAUCUCGGACAAACCUAAAGAAGGUCAGCCUCGAACUAGGCGGAAAGGGACCCUCCAUCGUAUUUGACGACUGUGAUUUUGAAAACGCACUAUUAUGGACUCGCAUUGGCAUCACUGCCAACAAUGGUCAGAUCUGUGCCGCAGGCUCCCGGAUAUAUGUUCAAGCGUCAAUCUAUGAUCGCUUUAUUGAGGCUUACAAGAACGCUGCGGCCGAUGUCCCAACAGUGGCAGGAAACCCGUUGGACCCUUCGACCACAAAAGGCCCAGUAGUAAGUCGAAUUCAGCAUGAGAAAAUUCUUGACUUUGUUCGUCAAGGAAAGCAAUCUGGAGCCAAACUUUUGUUUGGUGGGGACCGGAUCGGCGACAAGGGGUACUUUGUUCAAAACACUGCAUUCGCAGAUGUCGAUGAAGAUGCGACGAUCAUGCGGGAGGAGAUAUUUGGCCCUGUCGCGAGCAUCGCCAAGUUUACGACUGAGGAAGAAGUUAUUUUGAAAGCCAAUGACUCUCACCAUGGUCUCAGUGCUGCAAUUUUCACUAACGACGUGAGUCGUGCUCAUCGGGUGACGGAAGCCCUGGAGUCAGGACAGGUGACUGUCAACGCUUGGGCAAUGCUAAGCCCCAAUGUUCCAUUUGGAGGAGUAAAGGAGAGCGGGUUCGGGCGGGAUAUGGGCGAGGAGGCUCUAGAGGGGUGGACUACCGUCAAGGCAGUCAAAUACAACAUUCUUCCACGUCUUUGA